AUGUCCCCCCCCUCCAUCCUCAUGAUCGGCAUAGGCGAAUACACCACCGGCCUGGUCUCCGGCACGCAAUCAACCUCGGACAAGAAACUCGGCGUCGUCGCCCUGACACUCUUCGACCUCCGGACCGACGACGUGGUGGACGCAGAGGCAUACAAGACCGCCAUCGACGCUCUCCCGGAACGGGGGAGUUGCGUCACCAUCUUCACGCCGGAUUCGACGCAUUUCGACAUCGCCAUGUACGCGGUCGAACGGGGCCAUCAUGUGCUCAUCACCAAGCCCGCCGUGAAGCUCCUGGCACACCACGUCGAACUGCUCGAAGCGAGCCGAAAGCACGGCGUGUUUGUGUAUGUCGAGCACCACAAGCGGUUUGACCCUGCGUACGCGGAUGCACGGCAUCGCGCCAAGACUUCAUUGGGGGAUUUUAAUUACUUCUACAGCUAUAUGAGCCAGCCGAAGAGCCAGUUGGAGACGUUCAAGGCAUGGGCGGGGAGGGAGAGCGAUAUCAGCUAUUAUUUGAAUAGUCAUCAUGUCGAUGUUUGUGUGAGCAUGGUGGAUGGAUGGGUGCCGAGGGUGGUGAGGGCGAGUGCGAGUAAAGGCAUUGCGGAGGGGUUAGGAUGUAUGGAGGGAACGGAGGAUACGAUCACAUUGAUGGUCGAUUGGCAGAGGGAGGGAAAGAGGGCGACAGGCAUUUACACCGCGAGCUGGACGACGCCACAGUUUGCAGGUGUCCAUAGUAACCAGUCCUUUCAUUACAUGGCAUCCAAAGGCGAAAUCCGCAUCGAUCAAGCCAAGCGAGGCUACAACGUCGCAGCCGAUGACCAGGGUCAGCUCGUCUGGUACAACCCGUUCUACAUGAAGUAUGCUCCGGACGAGGAGGGAAACUUCAACGGCCAAACCGGAUACGGGUAUAUCAGUUUCGAGAAAUUCGUCGAUGCGGUGACCAAGCUCAGGGAGGGGAAGGUGACGCUGGAGGAACUAGAUCAGAGGGAUUUGCCGACACUGGCGAACACUAUUGCAACCACGGCUAUCUUGGAGGCGGGGAGAAGGAGCCUCGAUGAUGGUGGUAGAGGGGUGGAGAUUGUGGUUGGAGAAAAGGAUGGAGAAGGGUGGUUAUUGAAGUGA